ACUCGCCUCUACAUCGAGUCCGCGAACGCUUGCUCGGCUGUGCAAUAGGCAUGUUGUCUCUAUUGUAGAGUCAACAGAAACGCGAGAAAACUUUAGCGGGAAUAUAGAAUACUCUACUCAGCCGGCGAGCGGCAUCCGCGCUGGGGGUCUCGUCGCGUGUUGCGUUAAAGAAAAUCGCGAUGUUCCAAUAUAUAGCUGGUGGACAGUGAUUUUGUGCGACGACACGAUUUAUAUUACGAUUUAGUUACGAACACUACAAUGGCUUCGAAGGUCGAGUGUUGGAGUGUUUUAUUUUUGUGUAUUUUGCAUAGUGCUUCCAGUUUCAACCUGGAGCCAAGGAUUCCAGUGAUAAAGUACGGGGAAACCGGCUCUUAUUUUGGAUUUUCUGUUGCCGAACAUCUUACUAUCAACAGUACUAGUGGUGAUAAAACAAGCUGGUUACUGGUUGGAGCGCCUUUGGGUCAAAACCUUCAGCCGAACACAACUAGGUCAGGCGCAUUAUGGAAGUGCCGCUUGACCCCUGCUGUUAGAGACUGCGAACAAAUCAUCACUGACGGAAAGACGAAGUACGGCAAGAUAGACAAGACUUUAGACUCGUACACACUUACUGCGCCUUAUGAGGAUGAAAUCAAAGAUGGACAGUGGCUGGGCGUCUCCGUUCGUAGUCAAGGUCCAGGACGAAAAGCUGUUGUUUGUGCACAUAGAUAUAUUCGUAAAUCCGGCGAGUCGCAGUUUGGACAAGGACUCUGCUAUACUUUGAGCAACGACCUCCAACUUCUGGACUCCUGGGAGCCAUGUAGGGGACGAUCAGUAAACAAAGAACACGAGGAGUUCGGCUUUUGUCAGGUGGGAACGAGCAGUUCCCUUCUAGAAGAUGAUACCUUACUUUUAGGUAGUCCCGGUCCUUAUACCUGGAGAGGAACGAUUUUUACCCAUGACACUAACGACGAUCUUCUAGAAAGAGAUAUGUCUUUCUACAUGGCUCCCGUUGAAGAUGGCUUAAGUCCUGUGGAGAAAUAUAGUUAUCUUGGCAUGUCAGUAACAGGCGCUGGUUUCUUCAACUCAGUACCUUCUUAUGCGGCGGGGGCGCCAAGAGCGAAGGGUACUGGUCAGGUGGUGAUCUUCAGCAAACGGGUCAUCAAGGACUGGGGAAGAACAGAUAUCGAUAUCCUAGAGUACAAUCUAACGCUGAAUGGAGAGCAGUUCGGCUCUAGUUUUGGUUACGAAGUCGCUUCUGCUGAUGUUAAUGGAGAUGGACUACCAGAUCUAUUAGUUGGUGCACCAUUUUACUUUUCUCGGGACGCAGGUGGAGCCGUAUAUUUGUACCUGAACGUUAAAAAUAGUCUACGUCAAGUGUACGACGUGAAAUUGUCUGGCAAACCUGAAUCUCAGUUCGGCAUUGCAAUAGCAAAUACUGGUGAUUUAAACAAAGACGGUUGCGAAGACAUUGCUAUAGGCAGCCCAUACGAGGGGAAUGGUGUUGUUUAUAUUUAUAUGGGAGAUAGGAAAAAAGGCUUACACACGAAACCAGACCAAGUCAUAGAAGCCGAGUCCCUUCCAAGAAUUAUGAAGACUUUCGGCUAUUCUCUGUCCGGUGGUAUUGAUCUGGAUGCUAAUGGUUAUCCUGAUUUACUCGUUGGCGCUUACGAAAACAGCAGCGUCGCACUACUUCGGACCAGGCCAAUAAUCGAUAUCAAGACUUCAAUAAAACCAUCGAACACAAUUAUAAACGUCGAUCCAUCGAAACAGGGUUGUGAAAAAGAUCCUUCUUCCAGCUACACUUGCUUCCAUUUCGAAGCAUGCUGCAUUAUUAAAUCUCUCGUGAAAUCAACCCAAACAAAUAUGCACGAACUGAGUUACGUGAUCGAGGCUGAAACCUUCGCUGGUGGGAGGAAAUAUUCCAGAGUUCUGCUGGAUUCCGAGAAGACUAACAUUGUGAAUAAAACGUUACGUCUAGGCAAAGAUGUUGAAGCUUGUAGACAGCACAUUGUGUAUUUAAAGAAUAAUACAAGAGAUAUUCAAACACCGAUUAAGUUCCUGGUGACUUACAAACUAGUCAACGUAGAACCGGAAUACUCAACCAUAAAACCGCUACCGAACAUCGACGAUUACCCAGUGUUGAAUGCGACGGCCGUAACGGCAUUCAGCGCAAACUUCCUUAACGACUGCGGUACGGAUGGUGUGUGUGUCAGUGAUCUUCGCGUUGACCCCAUACUGUUGCUGCCCAAGUCGGAAGACGGCCAGUCAUAUGCUCUGACGUUAGGUCAAGAAGAAGAAGUUAAACUUGCUAUAUCCGUGGAUAAUUUAGGAGAGUCUGUUUAUGAAGGACAGCUAUUUGUUCAGCAUCACGCAAGCUUACAUUAUAUCGCAGCUAAUAUUAGCGAUAAACACAUGAUAUGUUCAAGUGUGAACAAAACAAUAGUGUCGUGCUUACUCGAGAAUCCUUUCAAGAAGCAGCCUGAGGGCGCUGCUCCCAUUGUCAUGAGAUUCGAUGCCAGAGUUUUAGAAGACAACGAGCCCUCCGUUACUUUCACGGUGUGGGCCAAUUCAACUUCCAAAGAACGCUACCCUGGAAAAAAACCUGCUAAAGUCGAAGCCCGUAUUAUUAAGAACGCUGAUCUUUUGAUUAAAGGUACAGUAAGGCCGGAGCAGGUGUUCUACGGCGGCGAAGUGAAGGGGGAAUCUGCCAUGACUUACUUCGACGAUAUCGGUACACGAGUUGUGCACACGUAUCAGAUAUUUAACAAAGGUCCAUUACGAAUGUCUUCGCUCCAAGUGGUAAUUUCAUGGCCUCAUCAAGUUGCUUCGGACAGUCAGCAAGGCAAAUGGCUGCUAUACCCUGAAGAUUUACCGACCGUCGAUGGAGAAGCUGAUCAAAAUAAUGGGGAAUGUUUUCUAUCCGAUGGAGAAAUAAAUCCAUUAAAACUUACGAUGCGCCCCGGAGCCAUGGAACCUUUGCUUGAGAAUCUUGAAAUGGAUACAUUCCUUACUACAGGAAAGUUGAGUAUUAGCUCCAAUGAGAAAACAUCUAAUAGAACGAGGAAGAUUACAGAAUAUUCGACUGCACAUGAUAACAAAGUGAGAAGAAAGAGAGAGAACGAAGUCGUUAAGGCAGAAGCAUACACGGACAAGGAUGGACAGAGAAAGCAUGUUGUUAAUAUGAGCUGUCAAAAGAAAACAGCCAAAUGCAUCCAAUUCCACUGCAUCAUCUACGGACUACGUCGCAUGAAGUCUAGCAGCAUUACGAUCCGAGCCCGACUCUGGAACGCCACGUUGGUGGAGGACUAUCCACGCGUCAACCACGUCAAUAUCGCCUCUACAGCUGCAAUACGCAUACCUGAUAACUACAAUAUACACCAAAACAAGCAUCAUAACUAUAUUGCCACGGUUGAGACGGUAGCAUAUCCAGACCUAAAGAUUAGCGAACCUUCGGAAGUGCCUUUAUGGGUUAUAAUAGUGUCAGUGAUAGUGGGACUCAUUGUGCUGAUUUUGUUGAUAAUCGCACUAUGGAAAUUAGGCUUCUUUAAAAGAAGUCGACCAGACCCAACCCUAUCCGGGAACCUCGAGAAGAACAAUCACGAAUCCAGUCCAUUCAUAGGAAGAGAUAGAAACAAUAUUCGAUAGCUAGGAAACUCUAUUAUCACAGAUGGAACUUUAAAGUCCAAACGUGGAACUCUUGUCUAAGUACAAUUUUUUCGUCGGACAGUGUACAUACACGGUGAUGAACUUUUUCACCGAAAGCUUUAUUUAUAUAUGACGUGUUUGUAAGUUAUAUACCUAAUUUAUAAAUAUCAUUUGACUGUGAUGUCUUCGUAGAGGAAAUAAAAAUGCGUGUAUGUGAUGUUAAGAGGAGAUGGUGUAUUGUUUUGUUAAUGUUUGCACGAACCCUAUAAUAAAAAUAUGAUUGUUUUAUUACAAAUGCAUUUCUUUAGUGAAUAAUGAGAAAUAUAAUUGUUUAUAUAAUCGAAUGAAUUCGAUGUAUACUUCUGUAAAUAAUUACUUGCCUUAACAAUUAUUUAUGAUUUAGCAUAAGCGUACAACUAUAUUGUGACUAGAUUUUUUACUAGUCAAAAGAUUUGUUAUAUUAUGUUGUACUAUGCGUGCACUUUCAAAAAGGCUGUCGAAUUUUGAGUGCAGUAAAGCUAAACAAUUUUAAUGAAUAUUUGUUUUUACUUAAAUUGUUGUUAAUUUGAUGUUGAGAAUUAAGAUAUAAAAUAACAAUCUUUUCCUUUGUGAACUUGUCAGUUCAUAUUAUCCAGUGCGCAUAGUAUUUAGGUUUAGUGGCAUCCAAGGAGAAUGAGUGUACGGUCACAAAUCAAUAAUAUUUUUAUUUUUAUCUAGGUAAUUUAAUAAACGUAAUCAAUGACAAACUACUUAAAUAACCUACAGACGUACUUAAAUAUUUAUAAUCUACAAUAAAUACAUACAAGCUUUUUGCAUAUUCUAUGACGCAUUGUGAAAUAUGGUGAAGUAUGUUUUACUGGUAGUAUUGAGCAUGAACUAUGUCAGAAGAAAAGGCCUUCUAACUAAAGAAAAUAUUUAGCUGCGGCGCCAAAAUUUCACAAAAUUUUACAUUUGAUGUCAAAUUCCACACCAAACCUUUAGUUCUCAUAUUUUCGCGGACCUUUUUCUUGAAACAGAUUCUAGUUUAAAUCUAAGACUAAAUAUAAACUACUUUAUAAUAAGGCCGAAUGACUUUGAAGUUAAUAUGAUAAGGCAUGUAAAUAUAUUAGUAGCUUUAUUUAGGAUUUUAUACUAAAUUUGUUUGUGUCAGUGACUUGUCAAUAUAUUAGAUACAUAUGGCUUCCAUUUUUUAUACAUGUCAUAAAUAUCACUGCCAAUAUUGGGCUGAUUCCUAUCCUAUAUAAUAAUUAUAUAUAAAAAGUACACAAAGUACGUACUUAAUUUAAAUUUGACCACCUAACUGUUACGCUGGUUGUGACUAGUUCUGUUUUACAAUCUAUAUCUAUCUCUUUGCCUACGGUACUUAGUAUGUACAAUCAGUUAUAAAGAUAAUAAAAGGUGCCAUUUC